AUGGGUGAUUUUAAUGCAAAGCUAGGAAGAGAAGAUAUCUUUGGAAGCACAGUCGGAAAGCAUAGCCUGCACGACAACACAUCCGAUAACGGAUUCAGGUUAGUCGACUUUGCUGCGGGGCAAAAUGUUGUCAUAGCAAGUACGUGUUUCCCGCAUCUCAAGAUUCAUAAAGGGAAAUGGAAAUCUCCAGAUCAAUCAACCGUCAACCAGAUUGACCAUAUUGCCAUCGACGCUACACAUUCCUCCAGUAUUAUGGACGUCCGAACGUUCCGAGGAGCCAACAUUGACUCUGACCACUAUCUGGUUGUAGCCAAUGUACGGAUGCGGAUUUCCAGACCAUCGCCAACACAAGGAAAUACUGUGAGGAAGUUUAACGUCGGACGACUACAAUCGCAAGAGAUUGCCAGGUCCUAUUCCGAUCGCGUCUCGAAUAACCUCUUAAGAAGUCCUACGCCGCCAGCAGCAAGUAUGAUAACGAGUGGCAGCACUGCCAAGAAGCCACAACACAAGGCCACCACAACGAAACCCCUGGUUUGA